UCCUCUGACUUUGCAAAAUUUUUUCCAAGCUUUAUUUUCCUCGUUCCCUGACGAAAAACUGUUGCACGCAGCAGCUUGACAUUGCCGUACUGCAUCCUCGCAGAGCACACAACACACUCUACACAACCUUUUUUCUCAAAAGCCCUUCUAUUUAAGCACGCAUGCCAUGCCACCCGCACUCUCUGGAGCUCCACUGCUGCUGGCUGCUGCUGCGUGCCAUGGACAUGGAGACAGCGCAAGAAAGAGAGACGCGCGCAUGGCGGUGGCCUUUGGACACCAUGGCCUGUGGCCUGGGCGACACUGGCCGCUUCCUGUUCGAAUGGGUUCCACAGCUUAGGUGCUUUGGUCUGGGAGUAGUGGGAGUCGGCGCCGCCGGUGAUCCUAUUCCUCAUGGUCAUGGUCACACCCCCCAUGGCCGUGAGCUCGAGCUCGAGCUCUUCUUCCCCAAGUGUAUGGAGUCGCCUGCUUCGGAAGCGGUGGUGACGGGUUUACCGGCGCAUCAGGAUACCAUGGUGAUGUACGACGAGUUUGAUGAACUGCUCCAGAGUUUCCGGGACGGGAAUGAGGAGCAGCAGCUCGUAGGCUUCGAUUCCAGCUGCUUUCUGAACGAGAAGAACAGUGACGUUACCUGUUUCCUAGACUAUGAUGGUGACGAUCUUCCUCUGGCUCUGAGCUCUGUCUCACCAAUGGAGCCCCUUGAUAACACCGUGGGGCAGCCUCAAGCAGAGCUUGAGCACCCUCCCAGCUCUGCCUCCUCCCACGGCAACGUGGGCCCACAUGCCAGUGACACUGGCGCCAGCGCCGACAAAGACUGUUCGUCCAAGCGUCCAGCUACACCAGAAGGGAAUGAGACGGCGAGCAGCAAGAGGAGCAGGACGACGGCGGCGCCGCCGCCGCUCUCCGGUGCCGGGACAUCGGUGGUGUACCCGUUCGCCGUGGUGAAGCCCAGCGGGCUGGACGGCGGCGCGACGCUCGCCGACAUCAACGCGCGGAUCCUCACGAGGCCGCCCAGGCCGGUCAGGCACCCGGUGGGGGAGUUCGCGUGCGCCCCGCGCGCGGCGGCCGGCGGCGACCGGCCGGCGCCGUCGGGCAAAACGGUCGCCGGUUUCACGAGGCUGCACACCGCCGGGAGUGGCACGAUAACCAUCAUAAGGACGAAGGGCUAGUGAUCGUCUGAUCGAGCCGUACGUCAAAUACGAUUCGAUCUCUUGGAUGAUAAUCUUGAUGUAAAUUGAUUAGCAAGUGACUAAUUGUACUGGGGAAUAAAAUGUCGAAUGAUUGACUGAAUGUGCUGAAUCUGGAUCUGGAAGGAGGAACAUGAUAUUGGAUUA